CCCGGCCCCGCACGGCCCCGCACGGCACGGGGGUUGCCAUGACAAGCAUUUUCUCCCGUUAGCUCCGGGACCGUUCCCCCUCCAUCCCAUGGCCAGCCGGGGGGGCUCCGCCGCCAGCCGGGCGCCGCGGGAGCUGAGCCGCUCCAGUUGCUGUGGUAUCCAGGGAGCCCUCCUCCUUCUGCAGGAGAUGCACGCUGGUCGUUGCUAAGGUCGCCUCCGCGGUAACAUGCACAUCCUGUUUACACCUCUAUCCGGAGAAGUUGGGCUCGGUUAGAGGCACCUGCUCCCCCAGGGAAGGGGCCGCACGGAGCGUCCCCCCCGCGCCGGACCCUCGAGGGAGCCGCGAGCCGGCGUCGGCAUCACCGGCACCAUGACGAACAACGUGGCCGACCACCACCCCGGCAACUCGGUCGCCGAAGGCAACCAUGAGGGGGACUUCGGGUGCUCCAUGGUGGAGCUCAGGAACCUCAUGGAGCUGCGGAGCGCCGAGGCGGUGGCCCGGCUCAACGACUCCUACGGCGGCGUGCAGAACGUCUGCAAGAGGCUCAAGACGUCGCCCGUCGAAGGCCUGUCCGGGAACCCGACCGACCUGGAGAAGAGGCGGCAGGUCUUCGGCCAGAACUUCAUUCCUCCCAAAAAGGCCAAGACGUUCCUGCAGUUAGUGUGGGAGGCACUCCAGGACGUCACGCUGAUCAUCUUGGAAAUCGCAGCCAUAAUCUCCUUGGGCCUGUCCUUCUACCACCCCCCGGGUGGGGACAAUGAACUGUGUGGGCAGUCGACGGGCGGCGUGGAGGACGAGGGCGAGGCGCAGGCCGGCUGGAUCGAGGGGGCAGCCAUCCUGUUCUCCGUGAUCAUCGUGGUGCUGGUGACCGCCUUCAACGACUGGAGCAAGGAGAAGCAAUUCCGGGGCCUCCAGAGCCGCAUCGAGCAGGAGCAGAAGUUCACGGUGAUCCGCAAGGGGCAGGUGAUCCAGAUCCCGGUGGCCGAGAUCGUGGUGGGAGACAUCGCGCAGAUCAAGUACGGUGAUCUCUUGCCAGCGGACGGGAUCCUGAUCCAGGGCAAUGACCUGAAAAUAGACGAGAGCUCGCUGACUGGGGAGUCAGACCAAGUCAAGAAAUCCAUGGACAAAGACCCCAUGCUGCUCUCAGGUACCCACGUGAUGGAGGGCUCUGGCAGGAUGGUGGUGACUGCCGUGGGUAUCAACUCCCAGACAGGAAUCAUCUUCACUCUCUUGGGCGCGGGAGAAGGAGACGAGGAGAAGAAAGUGAAGAAAGGUAAAAAAAGCGGAGCCCCCGAAAACCGCAACAAAGCUAAAACUCAGGAUGGUGUGGCCUUAGAAAUUCAGCCCCUGAAGAGCCAGGAAGGGGUGGAAAAUGAGGAGAAGGAGAAGAAGAAGGUGAAGGUGCCCAAGAAGGAGAAGUCUGUGCUGCAAGGGAAGCUCACGCGCCUGGCGGUGCAGAUCGGGAAGGCAGGGCUGAUCAUGUCAGCCAUCACCGUCAUCAUCCUGGUGCUGUACUUCGUGAUCGACACGUUCGGGGUGCAGAAGCGGCCCUGGCUGGCCGAGUGCACCCCCAUCUACAUCCAGUACUUCGUCAAGUUCUUCAUCAUCGGGGUCACCGUGCUGGUGGUGGCCGUGCCCGAGGGGCUCCCGCUGGCCGUCACCAUCUCCCUGGCCUACUCCGUGAAGAAAAUGAUGAAGGACAACAACCUCGUGAGGCACUUGGACGCGUGCGAGACCAUGGGCAACGCCACGGCCAUCUGCUCGGACAAGACGGGCACGCUGACCAUGAACCGCAUGACCGUGGUGCAGGCCUACGUGGGGGACACCCACUACCGCCAGAUCCCCGACCCCGAAGCCAUCCUGCCCAAAAUCCUGGACCUCAUCGUCCACGGCGUCGCCAUCAACUCGGCCUACACGUCCAAGAUCCUGCCGCCCGAGAAGGAAGGGGGGCUGCCCCGGCAGGUGGGGAACAAGACGGAGUGUGCCCUGCUGGGCUUCGUGCUGGACCUGAAGCAGGAUUACCAGGCCGUGCGCAACGAGGUGCCCGAGGAGAAGCUCUACAAGGUCUACACCUUCAACUCCGUGCGCAAGUCCAUGAGCACGGUGCUGAAGAACAGCAACGGCGGCUUCCGCAUGUACAGCAAGGGCGCCUCCGAGAUCAUCCUCCGCAAGUGCACCAAGAUCCUGGACAAGAACGGCGACCCCCGGGUGUUCAAGGUGAAGGACCGGGACGAGAUGGUGAAGAAGGUGAUAGAGCCCAUGGCCUGCCACGGGCUGAGGACCAUCUGCCUGGCCUUCCGGGACUUCCCUGGGGACGCUGAGCCCGACUGGGACAGCGAGAACGAGAUCCUGUCUGACCUGACCUGCAUCGCCGUGGUGGGCAUCGAGGACCCUGUGCGGCCAGAGGUGCCAGAUGCCAUCCAGAAGUGCCAGCGUGCGGGGAUCACCGUCCGGAUGGUGACAGGGGACAACAUCAACACUGCCCGUGCCAUCGCCACCAAGUGUGGCAUCCUGCUGCCAGGGGAGGACUUCCUGUGCCUGGAGGGGAAGGAGUUCAACCGGCUCAUCCGCAACGAGAAGGGAGAGGUGGAACAGGAGCAGCUGGACAAGAUCUGGCCCAAGCUGCGGGUGCUCGCCCGCUCCUCCCCCACUGACAAGCACACUCUGGUGAAAGGAAUUAUCGACAGCACCGUUGGUGACCAGAGGCAGGUGGUGGCCGUGACCGGGGACGGGACCAACGAUGGCCCAGCCUUGAAGAAAGCAGAUGUUGGCUUUGCCAUGGGCAUCGCAGGCACGGACGUGGCCAAGGAGGCCUCGGACAUCAUCCUCACGGACGACAACUUCACCAGCAUCGUCAAGGCCGUCAUGUGGGGCCGCAACGUCUAUGACAGCAUCUCCAAGUUCCUGCAGUUCCAGCUGACUGUGAACGUGGUGGCCGUCAUCGUGGCCUUCACGGGCGCCUGCAUCACCCAGGACUCCCCCUUGAAGGCUGUGCAGAUGCUGUGGGUGAACCUGAUCAUGGACACCUUCGCCUCCUUGGCCCUGGCCACAGAGCCCCCCUCUGAGUCCCUGCUGCUGCGCAAGCCCUACGGCCGCAACAAGCCGCUCAUCUCCCGCACCAUGAUGAAGAACAUCCUGGGCCACGCCGUGUACCAGCUCACCAUCAUCUUCACACUGCUCUUUGCAGGGGAGAAGUUCUUUGACAUCGACAGUGGCCGGAACGCGCCGCUGCACUCGCCGCCCACCGAGCACUACACCAUCGUCUUCAACACCUUCGUCAUGAUGCAGCUCUUCAACGAGAUCAACGCCCGCAAGAUCCACGGCGAGAGGAACGUCUUCGAGUCCAUCUACCGCAACCCCAUCUUCUGCACCGUGGUGCUGGGCACCUUUGCAGCCCAGAUUGUCAUCGUGGAGUUUGGUGGGAAGCCUUUCAGCUGCUCUGGGCUCACCCUGAGCCAGUGGUUCUGGUGUAUUUUUAUCGGAGUUGGGGAGCUCCUGUGGGGCCAGCUGAUCUGCACUGUCCCAACCAGCCACCUGAAGUUCCUGAAGGAAGCUGGGCACGGCAUCACCAAGGAGGAGAUCCCAGAGGAGGAGCUGCCUGAAGACGUGGACGAGAUCGACCACGCCGAGAUGGAGCUGCGGCGUGGGCAGAUCCUGUGGUUCAGGGGUCUCAACAGGAUACAGACACAGAUGGACGUAGUUUACACAUUCCAGACCGGCGCCUCCUCUUUGCAGGGAGCCCUCAGGAGACAGCCUUCCAUCGUGAGCCAGCACCACGAUGUAAAAAAUGUUUCUAGCCCAACCCAUAUCAAGGUGGUGAAUGCGUUCCGUAGCUCCCUGUACGAAGGCCUCGAGAAACCCGAAUCCAGAAGCUCCAUCCAUAACUUCAUGACUCACCCAGAGUUCAUCCUGGAGGAAGACGAGCCUCGAACACCAUUCCUUGACGGCGCUGAAGACGACCCCGAGACUGACGGGCUCCCGACGCGCGGCGGGGGGAGCCCGGGCGGGCCUCCAGCCCUGAACAGAAAUAACAAUGCAGUGGACAGCGAUCGAGCUGAGCUCUCCGUCCCGGAGCCCGAGAGCCCCUUCCACAGCCUGGAGACAUCGGUUUGACCUUAGAACUUGGAACCCCCCCCUCCUCCUCCUCCUCCUCCUCCACCUCGGCCCCUCGCCCGGUGUGACGUCGGCACCAGUAACUGUUCACACCUCGUGUCAAACUGCUCAUACGUAUAUCAUUGGGGUGGGUUUUUUUUUGGGGGGGGGGUUUAUUUGUUUUCCUUCGUUUCGUUUUGUUGGUUUUGGGGGUUUUGGGGGUUUUUUUUUACCACGAUUUAGCAGUGGGAACCAGAGUGCCACGAUGCUGGGCGUUGGGGAGAGAGGCUAAGCCAAAAAAAUUGUGCCAUCUCCAUCCCUCGUUUUCAGUGGUACUCGCCCGGGUGAAGCAGCCAGGUUCUUUCCUCUCCAAGAGUUGGGCUCCAGGCGUGUCUGUCUGUUGGGGGUUUUCUCUUUGCAAAAUGCAUGAUCAAAGGAAAUUCGAGUUGGUGUAGUCUUACGUGCCCACCCUCAGCCCGAGGGCUGGGCUGCACUUGUGACUUUUAUUUUAUUUCUUUUUUUUUUUUCCACUUGUGGUUUUUUGGGGUUUUCUUCUAACGUUGGGGUCUGUUCUUUGCUCGUGGGAUUUGCCCCCAGGAACUCUGCAGUGGGAAGUGGGGGCAGUCAGCACUCCAGUGUGAAAACUAAGAAAUAAACAACAAAACCCAGCCAGGGGAAGGUGUUUACUCGCAGGUUGAGGGAUACAGGGAUGUGCAUCAGUCUUCCACCUUGAAAAAUGGUACCUGACCUUUCCAGCUCCUCCUCUGAGUGUCCACACACACUUUUCUCUCUCUGUUUCCAAAUUGGUAGAUGAGGAACGAAGGUGACUUGGCUGUAACUUUGCUGGAUGGAAAAGAUUCUGAUUUUUCUACAAAGGUGGAGGUGAACUGGCAGUGGAAAGGUGGUGGG